CCCAAUCAAAAAGUUGCCUAAUAAACGCGAUAAGAUUAACAUAAAACGCAUGCCAAUGUACUCGGGCACCCCUUAAAUAAGAGGUCUUAUUAAUUAACAAAUUAAACAGUAAAAGUAAAAGAAAGCCUGUGGCCAGGAAAAAGAUCAGACUAAUAUCGAGCGCUAUUCAAGGAAGUGAACUUUUUAGAGUCACGUUGUUUAAUGUUAACAUCUCAUUGACUGUCAGUUAAAACGCUUUAUUCUACGGAUCUCACUAUGGCGUACAUGCGGCGAGUUGAGUACGGGUUGAAGGACACGAGCCGGUCGGUGACGGUUCCGGCGGACCCGGCCGCCAAACUCAUGUACUACCUGGACUCUAUGUGCACCGUGCUGAAGUUGGACGACAACAGCGACAUCAACGAGCUCCGACAAUUUCGGAACUACUCAUAUUUGACGCACUCGGACCGGAACGUUCUCAUGCACCUUUGUCUGCUUCUCAAACCGGAUAUCCUGCUGAACAAGUGCAUCUUCCAAAACGACGCCCUGUGUGGAAACAUGGCAAACAAGUUUUACGACCUGGAGGCUGUCCGAAACAACCUGCUUGUCGCCGGAAGUGUGGUGAUCGGCGGCCGAACCCGCCAGGUAACCAAGAUCAUGACGUUCAAGAUGUCGUGGCUCCAGGCAAACUGGUCGUCACCGAUGCAGGUGCUAGCGGCACGGCAGGAACAGGAACGCCUACAGAUACUUAGGCGACAACAGACUGGCCAGUCCUGUGCCAUCCUCUAGAGUCCGGUACACACGGAUAUGUUUGGACUGAUUCCGAACAAUUAACGUUGGAUAUAGUGUUGAUAUUUAAAUUUACUAUAUGUUGCUGUAUGCCGGCUUCCCAAAGAAAAUAGCAUCCCGUGCAAACCGUCCAUUGAACUUUGUACGUCUCAUUGCUGCUUUUUUUUUUUCUGUUGACUGUUUGGAUAUGUUUGAUUAUAAGUAUCUCUCAUGUGUUUCCGGUACGAAAAGAAAACAAACGACCCGAGGGCACGCGCGAAAGCCGUAAACGAGGUUUGUCGAGUUACCGGCCACGCAGCGCCGCACGAGGGUCGGAUCUUUUAAUCCGGACCAGAAAAACACUAUAUAUUUAUAAUUUUAUAUAUAUUUCUUCUUCCAUAUCUUAAAUUUAAAAUUCGUGGAAAAAUUGAAUUAGAAAACGCAGUUUUGUUCUUUUUACCAAAAAGCGCGUGCGACGUUGUUUACUGACGUCAUAAAGGGCAGUUAUUUUAAAUUACUAUUAACGUCAAAUAGCUCCUCUAAAAACGCGUUUUUAUGAUCAUUUAUUUUAAUUAAAAGUCUUGCAUACCUAUUUUAUUGCGCUUUAUUGAAAUGGCAUGAAAUACUUUUCAUAAACCAUACAAUGAAUGAAAUAAGAAGUGGUGCGUUGUUACACGUCACUCAUCUUGCAUGGGGGCUGAAAGACGGGUUUUUCUGGCACACCGGAUAGGCAUUUCCAGUGGAUUCAGUCGUCCUGGAAAACUCCAUCAAGCACCCCCAUGCCAGAUGAGUCACGCACUGUGACGUAAUAUUUUUUAUUUCUUUGCCUAUAAACUUUAUGUAACCAUAAUUAUGAAAUUUCAGUAGAUGAGCUCCAUAAACAUUAACUUUACAAAAAUACACAUUCAAAACAAAACAUUAAAAGGCGUGAUACUGAAGAAACUUCUUGACGUAUACAGUGAAUAAACAUUACUGCGCGCAAUGACGUCAGUAUACAUAAUCGCAUGCGCUUUUGGUUGAAUAACAAAAAUGCUCUUCUUCAUGUACUUUUUCACAUCAUUUAUUAAAGGUAUGCCAGAUAAAAUAUCAAUCAUGUGCUUCCGGUCCAGAUAGAAAAAUCCGACCCUCGGGCACGCUGCGUAGCUAGUAACCCGGCAAGCCUCGUUAGGUGGCAACGCAGGUGCCCUUGGAUCGGAUUUGUCUAUCCGGACCAGAACCAACUGUAAGAUAUUAUUAUUCCAGCACUGGUCACAUGGCCGGAAACACACGUCCGGCGUGCAAGACAUCGUUAUUCUAAAAUUGUGCUAUCUUAUGGCGUUUUACCAUUUACUUAGCAUGCCUUGACUGAUUUAAGUUAUUGAAUGUCACUUUUCGAGGACAUUUGUGUGUAAACACAAAACAAGGUAACAUACAAUGAAAAUACAAACACACAAACGGUUCUCUCCUUAAGGGAGAUAAUUACUGCCUGACUCGACACAUAGUGCCAUUGAAGUUUUAUCCCCCUUCUUGAAAAUUCAAAGAGACAACGGUUAAAAUUGUUGAAUAUUUGGAAAUGUAAGGUAUGGCACUGUACAUAUGGAUACGUUAUACUUUUACCGAACAUUUAACGUUGGAUAUAGCGUUGAUAUUCAAACUUAUUUUAUGUUGUUGUAUGCCUUCCCCAAGAAAAUAACAUCACGUGCAAACCGGCCAUUGAACUCAAUGUGUCUCAUUAUUCGCGGCUUUGUAUUAUUUUUUUUCUGUUGAGGAACUUUCGAAUAUGUUUGAUAUCGUUAUUCUAUAAUUGUAUAAUCUCAUUAAACCAUUCACUUAG